AUGCUUGUAACUCGUGCCACAUUCAUCACAUUUCCUUCCAAAACUUCACACUACCAGGGAAAACUGCUACGUGUCAAGGAUAUUCUGUUCUGGGAGAGUGGUGACGUUGACAUCAGCUUCUACCCAAAUCGCACCCCCUCCUGGAUUCAUCUCCUCCUUUCCCCCCUCCCCUUCAGAUUGCACCCCCCCCUGGAUUCAUCCCCCCUUCCCUUCAUAUCCCCCCCCCCCCCCCCGCCCCCCCUGGAUUCAUCUCCUCCUUUCCCCCCUCUUCUUCAGAUCGUGCCCCCCCCCUGGAUUCAUCUCCUCCUUUUCCCCCUCCCCUUCAUAUUGCACCCCCCUGGAUUCAUCCCCCCUCCCCUUCAUAUCGCCCCCCCCCCUGGAUUCAUCUCCUCCUUUUCCCCCUCCCCUUCAGAUCGCACCCCCCUCUGGAUUGAUUUCCUCCUUUCCCCCCUCCCCUUUAGAUUGCACCCCCCCCUGGAUUCAUCUCCUCCUUUCCCCCCUCCCCUUCAGAUCGCAUCCCCCCCCCUGGAUUCAUCUCCUUUCCCCCCUCCUCUUCAGAUCGCACCCCCUCCUGGAUUCAUCUCCUCCUCUCCCCCCUCCCCUUCAGGUCGCAACCCCCCCCUGGAUUCAUCUCCUCCUUUCCUCCCUCCCCUUCAUAUUGCACCCCCCCUGGAUUCAUCUCCUCCUUUCCCCACUCCCUUUCAGAUCGCACCCCCCUCUGGAUUCAUUUCCUCCUUUCCCCACUCCCCUUCAGAUUGCACCCCCCCCUGGAUUCAUCUCCUCCUUUCCCCCCUCCCCUUCAGAUUGCACCCCCCCCCAAGAUUCAUCUCCUCCUUUCUCCCCUCCCCUUCAGAUUGCACCCCCCUGGUUUCAUUCCCUCCUUUCCUCCCUCCCCUUCAGACGCGACAUCACACGGCUUGA